AAAACACCGUUUCAACAAAGUCGAUUUUAAUACAAUUCAUCAAUUCAUAUACGUAAUCAGUCAAAUAAGUAUCUAAUAUGCAGUUUAUAGUAAUAGCAUUAAUUUUACAAGUCUGUUUAGGGCAAGACAUCAACGACAACAGUUUUCCCGAUGACUUUAUGUUUGGCACAGCCACUGCUGCAUUUCAAAUUGAAGGAGCUUGGAAUGAAGAUGGAAAAUCUCCAAGUAAUUGGGACGUAGAUAUCCACAACAACAACAGCAUAGUGGCAGACGGCAAUAACGCAGACAUCGCCUGCGAUUCUUAUCACAAAUACAAGGAAGAUGUAGCGAUGAUGAAAGCAAUGAACAUGAAUCACUACAGGUUUUCCAUCGCCUGGACCAGGAUAUUACCAAACGGAUACGGCGGCGAAGUCAACCAAAAGGGAAUAAACUACUACAAAAACCUCAUCAAGGAGCUCCAACUCAACGACAUCCAACCGUUCGUCACCAUAUUCCACUGGGAUCUUCCGCAGACGCUCCAGGACUACGGCGGUUUGCUCAACGACUCUUUCGUCGAUUGGUUCUCCGAGUACUCGACGGUGCUCUUCCGGCAUUUCGGGGACGACGUCAAAUGGUGGAUAACCUUCAACGAGCCGCAGUCCGUUUGCUCGGGGGGCUACGGGGCCGGUAUCGUGCCGCCUUUAAUCAAGUCCCCGGCUAUUGGAGAGUACCAGUGCGUUCACAAUCUGAUCAAAGCCCAUGCGAAAGCUUGGCGCAUUUACGAUCAACAAUUCCGAAAAACACAGAAAGGUAAAGUUUCCAUAUCAUUGAACACCCAUUCGCAUCUGCCAGCGACCGAUUCCAAAGAGAACCGAACGGCGGCCGAAACGCAACAACUCUUCCAGUUGGGCAUCUACGCCAAUCCCAUAUACCUGGGCGAUUAUCCGGAGAUAGUGAAAACCCGCAUAGCGGCCCGCAGCAAGGCGGAGGGCAGGAGCCAGUCUCGUCUACCGGCGUUCACCCGAGACGAAAUCGACUUCAUCAGAGGAACUUACGACUUCUUCGCGUUGAACGUUUACUCCGCUUACCUGGUAAAUAGCAUAGCCGAACCGCCUGUUACGGAUCCGCCCUCGAAUUGGGCCGAUAUCGGGGUGAAUACCUAUCAACCCGAUGACUGGGAGAAGACUUCGGCGGAGCAUAUCAAAGUUGUUCCUUGGACUAUUCGGCCGUUGUUGAAUUGGAUAGCCAGCCACUACAACAAUCCUGGGAUUGUUAUUACGGAAAACGGGUAUCCGAGCUGGAAUGGCGACAAGGAUGAUAGAAGACUUUAUUAUAUUAAGAACUACUUGAGUUACAUUAGAACUACUAUGGAAGAAGACGGUGUGAAGGUGUUGGGAUACACUGUGUGGACUCUAUUGGACAAUUUCGAAUGGACUUCCGGAUUCACUCAGAAAUUUGGUUUGUACGAAGUAGAUUUCAAGACGCUAAAGCGCACGAGAACUCCCAGGCCUUCGUCGAUUUUCUACGGUAAAGUGAGUAAAACUAGGUGCCUUGUGGAAAAAUGUAAAUAAAUUGGAAAGCUAUGAUUACUUCUGUAUACUGGAGUAUUA